AUGAAUAAAAGAUUUAACAGUGUUCCUCGUUUGAAAAUUGCUACAUCCUUCCAAGUUGAGUUAAACAACAUUGGCAAUUCCCCCACCUUUUUUCAUACGCCAAGAAGACAAGUAACGGAAUCCAAUAAAUCAAAUUAUUUUCAUAAAUUAUCCUACUAGGAUCAAUGGAAAUCGGAGAGAUUGAUCAAAUACGUGAGACACAAAAUAAUUGACAAGGGAAUCAACAAGAAACAAGGGUUUUAAGAAGUUUUCAUUCUUAACAAUUUCAAAGUAUUUAAGUAUUACAUUCCACUGUAUUAAAAAAUUGACAAUGAAAGUGAGCUCAUUUCAGAUUUUAUUGAACAAAGCAUGCAUCUUAAAACCCUUUUGAAUUUAAAAUCCACUCCAAAAAUUUGGACUCUAGAUGGCACUCAGAUUAAAAAUUUUCACUUGCCAAAUUAGAAAGUAUUUUAUUUAAAUAACAGUUUUGAUUUCUGGAAAAUGAUUGCUCAUUACAAUUAAUUUAAUGGAUCCUUCCAAAUGAACCUACUCGACUCACUCUAUCAAGAUAUCUCUUCAUUCUAAAACUCUUCUCAAAUCUUUGAUUACUUUUUUACUAAUAAAAGCGCACUAAAAUAAUAUUUUACCAUGUAAAUCAACAAACUACCAUACAUACAAAACGUACAACCCAAAAUUGAUUUGGAAGAUCAUGAGAUCGAUACAGCUUUUGCUAUGUUGGACACUGAAAAGCAGAAAACCAAAGUGCAGAUCUUUGAGCAAUUGAAUAAGGAGAUGAAUAGCAAAUCGAUCUACUCCUAGAAACAAAAUAAAUUAAUUAGAUUGAACAUUAAGACGAGGACAAGACAAUCCAUUGAAAAAUAAAUCUUAUAGGAGAAUAUCACCAAUCCUGAGGAUUUGCAAUAGUAAAUCUAAGAGCAAGUCGAAUGCUCCAAUUUGUUCAUACCCUCAUCUCGAAGCAUAGAAAUAUCCUAAGUUAGUAGUCCUUUUCAAUUAAAAACGAAUUUUAAAGAUAGAUAUUUUAUGAAGAAUGUUAAUAUUGACAAAAUUCAAAUGGAUUACAAAAUAACCAGAAGAUAAACUAUUAAUUUCUUAACAAUCUUUAAAUGUUUACUGAAUCGUGAACCUCAACCAAACAAACUGUUGAUAUCCAAAGCUAACUUACUCUUGGCUUAUCCAUAUCUAUUGAUGGAGGGAUAAUCAUGUGGCUAUGAUGCUUUCUUGUUUAUUAAAGAGACGACGAAUACGAGAUUUAGCUUUGAAGAAUUUGUCAGAAUUUUCACUCAAGGCAAAGCAUGA